AUUUAAACUGCUAAGCUAUGUUUCUGUAAGCGACGUGCACGGGCAAUGCACACCGCAGUUACAGUUCGGCACGUUGUUGCCAAUCGAUUGUUGUAUGCUUGUAGUUUUUGGUUACGGUUAUCGGUUCUGCAGAAAUACUGAAACGACUUGCAGUGUGCAAGUGGAGUGUUUUAUUCUGUCUGGCUCAGUCGUACUGUGAUUAUAGCUGGGCCCUCCGAUCCUCGGAUUCAAGUAUAUCGACUUAGCCGACUAUUUAGUCUUAACUCAGAAGGUGCGGUAGUGUAGCUUAUCGCUGGGUGUCGUAUGGGGUUUGUUUGUGGUUGCUACAUGUUACAAGCCAAGAUUGUGUUUAAAUAAAUAAAACAUUAAAUGUUGAUAUGACAGUAAUUAGGCUAUGAAAUAACAUUAAUUGUGACAUCCUUUAUUAAAUAGAGAAAAUACGUUGAUUGACUACGCUAGAAAUGAGCUAGGCUACCUUUGUAGCCUAAAGGAGUGUCGCUUCUACUCCGAGCUUUCAUUUAAGUUAGAUAGUGAAUCUUCUCAGUGUAGAUUUAGCAUUCAGAUUGACUAUGCGAUCCAACUCAAUGCAGUUUUCUGAUUAGCACCAACUACACAACUGAGCGGUGUGUCUGUAUUAGCUGAGUGCAGAGGAUAUACGGUUUUAGUUUUUAUAAGGAGGUUUUUGACGAAAAAUGCUGCUUUGACAUUGUGGAAUGGUUAUUGGAAUAAUCAGCCAGGUGCUUACAGAGUCAAGAGAGCACAACACAUCCUGUCUUGUUUCUGUUCGUGAUUUUGGGGGCAAACACAAAAAGACAAUGGCAAUUGUACACGGAGGAGCAUGCUUAACAUUGGGUUAUUGAAAAACAAGCUGCAAGGCUCACACUAGCAGCACCUAAUUCAGAGAUGUCUGGCCCCACUUGGCUGCCUCCUAGGACUCUGGGAAGCCCAGAGAGACCUGCACCCCAAAUUGCUCCAUGUGGCCCUGCUUUCUACAGACCGCCUAAGAAGGUUUCUGUGGAAACCCGGCCCAAAUAUGGAUCAUACCCUCAAAACGGUGCAGGUGGAAAUGUAAUGGCAACCAGGUACAUGGCCACAGGACCCACAGGUGGGGUCAUGUCACACCAAGAGGAUUCUGGGUUAACAGCUUUUCGCCCACUGUCACCUAAGUCUGGUGACCACUAUUAUCCAUCUUCUCACUCCUCCAAAGAUGACCGCUGUUCCUGGAAUCCACAUAUGCCCAGUUAUGACCUUCAGCAGAAUCGUGGGCCAGAGAAGUCCGGCACACUUCUCACCAAUAUCGAUGCUGAGAUAGACUCCCUCACCUGCAUGUUGGCUGAUCUGGAUAGCCACCCACAAAACUCAAGGUCACAGAUCUACGACAAUGUGCCUUAUAACAAACCCAUCUCAGGGGAGCGAUAUAAACCUAUUGCUCAACCAGGUGCACUGUCCCAGGGCAGGUCCUCCACAGGGUACCCUGCCCAUUACCAGACCCAGUACCAUCCGGCCCACCAGUAUCCCAAUGAGCCUCCAGUCUCUGGCUCCCAGCAGGACUACCCCUACCCAUCACCCAUCAAACCUUAUCCCCAGCCUGUCCCAGCCUCCUACACCACUGCCUCCACUCCCACAGGCCCCCGAUUCAGUGUCCAGGUCAAAACAGCCCAGCCUGUCACCUACUCCCAAACAGGGAGGCAGGCCGAACAAGCGUACACGCCCCCUCCUCCCCGUCAACAGACCUCUCAACUGGCUCAGCAGGACCGCUCACAGCCCUACCCUGAAAUGGCUUCUGGACAACAAGCUUGGUACCCUUCUCAACCUCCUGUCCAGGACCAUGAGGCUGGACCUGUCUACAAGGGAGGUGCUGUUGUCCCAGGACCCAGAACCAGCCAAGCUCCCCUGCCAAAGAGGAGUCCUGAUACUCUGCCCUCGUCCUCUCACAGCCCUGCAUAUUCUCACAAUAAGGGGGCUUUGCCAAGGCCAGAAGAGGAGUUGGAUCGCCUUACUAAGAAAUUGGUGUAUGACAUGAAUCACCCCCCAACUGAGGAAUAUUUUGGUCGCUGUGCACGCUGUGGGGACAACGUUCUGGGGGAUGGCAGCGGCUGCAUCGCCAUGGAGCAGGUGUUUCACGUGGACUGCUUCACCUGCAUUACCUGCCACGCCCGUCUGCGCGGGCAGCCCUUCUACGCCCUGGACAAGAAGAGCUACUGCGAGAACUGUUACAUUAGCACCCUGGAGCGUUGUUCCAAGUGCUCCCACCCCAUCCUGGACCGCAUCCUGCGUGCCAUGGGCAAGGCCUACCACCCGCGCUGCUUCACCUGCGUGGUGUGCGGCUGCUGCCUGGAUGGCGUGCCGUUCACUGUGGACGCCACCUCCCAGAUCCACUGCAUUGAAGACUUCCACAGGAAGUUUGCCCCACGGUGCUCUGUGUGUGGCCAAGCCAUCAUGCCUGAACCGGGACAAGAAGAGACGGUCAGGAUUGUGGCUCUGGAUCGGAGCUUUCACGUCAACUGCUACGUGUGUGAGGAGUGUGGGCUGCUGUUGUCUUCUGAAGGAGAGGGGCGUGGCUGUUACCCCCUGGAUGGCCACAUUUUGUGCAAGAGCUGCAGCGCCCGCCGCAUUCAAGACCUUUCUGCCAAAAUUUCCACCGAUUGCUAGCAGGGUCAAUGCCUUGCUCCCCUGCUGCACACCCCAAAACCAGUCAGUGCUUCAAUUCAUGAUUCUCAAAAAGAUCCGCAAUAUCAUAAUAUCUGGACUCGGUUUGCAUAGACGAACUGAUUCCUCAGUUGCAGAAAUCUAAAUUUUAUCUCAGAGAUGUGUGGAGAACUGCCUUUGAGCAGAUAGUAUACAAUACAUCCCUCCCACAAAUAAUAUGUUGCCAGCAAUUGAUGUGAUAUAGGCUGGAAGCAAGGUGUGCACUGGGAAGAUGAACUUUAACCUCCAUCUCAAGACCUUUGUCAGUCAAGUUGAAAAUAAGGCGCCGUAAAAUCUGGGUGCAAAGUCAGUACUGUACUGUGCUCCUGUACUGCAGGCAGCAGGAGCAGAAUUUAGUCCCUCCAAUGAUCCAUACUGCACCUGAGCGGCUUUCACAUAAUACUAUGCUGGAGGCAGUGGGAAGAGGUGUAACAACCUUAAUACAUAAUAAUAAUAAUAGUAAUAAUGGUAAUAAUAAUGAUACUUAUGGUCAUGAGAACAUAAAUAUAUUUCCCAUUGCUGGAUAUUUUUCUGUUGCUCCAGGAAGUUCACAUUGCAAACUCGUGUAAAUUUAAGAUGAUUGCUUCAUGGGUUUGCUAAUCACAAGACCACAGAACCUAAUAGAAUUUUUUUUUUGAUCGUUUUUGCUUUGGUUGUAACGAUCACGGAUAAUUUUAACGAAUGGCACUACCGAAUGUUAUACAUGAAGGAACAGUAAUUUGUACAUUGUUGGAUUUUGUGAAGUUAUACCCUUUUUAAAUGCACAAAUGUUCCUUUACCAAUGUGUUUCAGGACAAGGAACAAGUUUGAUUGAGGAUGGUUCUGUAGGUUCAGCAGGUAGUUGAUGAACAGUGAGGAGGAUGUUAAGUGUUUAGACAGGAAGGCAAUUGAGGGAUGAAGGGAAUGGAAGGGAAAACAUCCCAUUUGCUGGCUAUCUGACCCUGCUGUUGAGAUGUGAUAAUGUUGGCACAGUGUUGGAGAAACCUCAUAGGAUGUUAUUUUCUGUUUUUCUUUUUUUGUGUUGUGACUUGACUGUUACUGAUAAAAGUGCAAUGAAGAAGCAUAUCGGUUCCAUGUCUUAACUACCCACUUGAGUAUUUCACAGACCCUGAUUUGCUCUGAUCAAGAUUAAAUUGCACAGUCACCUUGUUGGUUGUGAAAUGCCCAUACUUUAUUGUACUCAUUAUUUCUUUUGGUGAUUUUUGUCAUAGAAGAUUUCUGUAGUCAUGUCAGUGUUUGUCCACCAUGUAUUGUUGUGCUUUUCAAAAAUGCAGAUCAAAUUAUGAAGGAGAAAAAUGGAAGUUGCAUAGCACAGCAGAGGAGGAGAUGUUUCUGUGCCUGGAGACUGCAGAGCAUACUGCAAUGAAAUUAAUGAUCUGUCCCAGUAGACAAGAGCAGGGAAUCAUUUCCUGAAGAAAGCCAGUCUGUUAACACCUUACAACACACAGAUCAUGUGAGUACGUAGCAAAAUGAGUAAGAAGAGUAACCAUUUCACAGUUCCUGUCAGCCAUUCACAACAGUCUGUAUCACUGACUGACUGAAAGAGAUGAUAAUGACUGGAUCACACAGGCUUUGAAUCCAGGCCCUAUCUGGCAAUGUAAUGUUUAUAAAGCCAAUGUAUCAGGCUUUAUAAAGUUGCCAUUUAUUGAAGGACGUGUCAGUGACUCAGACUGCAUUAAAAUGGCAGGGUUCCAUUAUUAUCCAGCUCCCAAAAAAUGAAUUAAUUCAAUUUUUGGAGCUGUGUGUUUUCCUUAUUUAUUGCAUUUCUGUUCAACAUUGUCCUUGCUUGUUGGAUUUUUUUUGUUUUCAAUUUGCUUAAUAUUUUAGAGUUUUGAAUCUCACUGUUAGGAGUUUCUGGUAGUUUUCUCUUGUUUAUUAUAAAGUAAAUUGCAGUGUACCACAUGAAAGACCUCUUGGUCGUUCGUCAUAGAAUGGGAAGUGGUCUCUGUGGGAUUAUUAUUUUAUAUUGUAUAGUUAAGUACAAUAUAGGACUGUCCACCAGGUUCAGCCAGAUGUGAAGAACUAAAAUUGCAUUCAGAAAUCCAGCAUUGUGGCCAGUAUUUUGCCUCUUCGUUUCAGUUUAUAAUCCAGGGCAUCGGCUAUCAGUGAAACAGUGUGGAUGUUGGAAUGCAAUGAUCCAGAAAAAUCGAAUGAUCAGAGUCCUAUGUGCUACCAAGCUGUUCUGUAUGAAGGAUUUUGAUUGUAGAUGCAGUGUUAUUUUGGCUGAAUGUUAGGAAAAGGGAUGUGUGUGUGUGUGUGCUAACUCCCAGUGCAGAAUGUAGGAAUCUGCUCUGUUAAUAAAUCCAUCCAUUUUUUUCAGCAA